UACAUCGGCAUUCAUCUACAGAGAAAAAUUGCCGACGUGUUAAAUUUUGAUUGGAUGAAAAGCUACCAUCUACAGUGCUCAAAACUCUAAUAUUUCAGUAGAUGGGUUCAACUUUUAUUUAUAGUAUAAUUAGGAAUGAUCCAAUGAGGGUGGAGGCAAUAUGCAAGCCUAACUGUACUUGGCAUAUAAAAGGAUCUUGUGACAGCAGAUUUGGGGCAUUUUCUAUUAAGGCAUAUAUAAAGAAGCACACUUGUAAGUCAGACUGGGAGGUGAAGGCACUGUCUUCAAACUUUUUGUGUGACACAUUCAUAAAUGAGUUCAGAGACGACAGGAAGCUUGACUUGAAGAGUUUUGCAGCAAAAGUACAGAGAGAGUUUAACAUGUGCCCCAACAGAUUCAAACUAGGAAGGGCCAGGAAACAAGCUUUGCUGAAAAUCCAUGGGGAUGAGUCUAGCCAGUUCAGCAUGCUUUGGGAUUAUGGGCAGGAGCUUAGGAGAUCAAAUCCCCGCUCCAAUUUUUUUCUGACCACAAAUCAAGCAAAUGACAAUUCAGAAGCAGUUCCUAAGAACCACCUAGCUACUCUGUAUUGGUCCUAUGAUGGCUGCAAAAGGGGAUUUUUAGAAGCAUGCAGGCCCCUGAUAUGUGUUGAUGGUUGUCAUGUGAAAACAAAGUUCAAGGGUCAGUUGCUUACUGCAGUAGGAAUAGAUCCGAAUGACUGCAUUUUUCCAAUUGCCAUGGGUUUAGUUGAAGUAGAAUGCACAAGCUCCUGGGAGUGGUUCUUUACUACUCUUAGGGAUGAUCUAAACAUCAUCAACACAGCCAAAUGGACUAUCAUGAGUGACAGGCAGAAGGGGCUUAUAAAUGCUGUCAAAAAGGUGUUUCCUGAUGCAGAACAUAGAUUCUGUGUUAGGCACCUCCAUCAAAAUUUCCAAAAGGCAGGCCACAAGGGUGAAGUUUUGAAGAAUGACAUGUGGGCUAUAGCUAGGUCUACCAAUAUUCCAAAGUGGCUGCAGAACAUGGAUAAACUGAAAGCUGAUAGUCCUUCUGCUUAUGCAUGACUAGAAGAACAAGUACCUAGCACAUGGAUCAAAGCUUUUUUCAGUACCUUUCCAAAGUGUGAUAUGCUUCUCAAUAACCACAGUGAGGUUUUUAACAGCUAUAUUUUGGAAGCAAGAGAAAUGCCCAUGCUAUCUAUGGAGACUGUGUUCUACAAGAUGGUUGACAGAAUAGUCAGUAAGCAGAAGGAAGCAGAGAAAUGGCAUGGAACAAUCUGCCCCAAGAUCAGAAAAAACUUGAUAAAUUCCUAGAGUGGAGCAAGAAUUGCAUGGUCACUGGGGCAGGAAGGAGGAGAGUACAAAGUGUCAUCAACAGGAGGAGUCUCACAUGAUUACUCAAUGGAUUGAAAGACUAGAACUUGUGACUGUGGAAGGUGUCAACUCACUGGAAUUCCAUGCCAUCAUGUUCUUGCUUGCUGCAGAACAGACAGGAUAGACCCUGAGACCAUAGUGCAUAGCUGUUACAACAUAGAAACAUUCAAAAAAGCUUAUGCCCACAAUUUGCAUCCACUUAGAGGAAGAGCAUUUUGGGGAAAAGUCAGUGGAGUACAUAUACAUCCACCUCUGUAUACUAAGGUAAUGGGAAGGCCCAAAAAGAAUAGGAAAAAGGCUCCAGAAGAAAAAUUGAAGAAAGGGGUGACAACUCUUAGUAGACAUGGAGUAACCAUGCAUUGUUCCAUUUGUGGAGGUCCAGAUCACAACAAGAAAGGCCAUGAUAAUUACAUGCUAAGAGUACAAGAUGAGACAGAAGAAAAUGCUCAAGUGUGGGAAGAGGAUGCAAAUGAUCCUUCUAUUCUUCAGCAUAUAACUCAACAAUAUCCACUACCACAACUGGAUCCAAUGCAACAAACACACAACAUGGUUUUCAGAAUGGGACAGGAGGAAAGAAAUAUUGCACCAAAUAGAAAGGCAGAAGUUCCUUUACCAGAGAGUGCAUUUGUAGCUGCAGCAAGGGAGUCUAUCCUACUUCCUAAUACAAGAGUCACAACAGCAAGCACUAGAGGCAAUUUGAGAGGGAGAGGGAGAGGAAGGGGAAGAGCAAGCAGUAGAAGCAAUGCAACAGCUCCAACUACAACAGCUGCAAGCACAUCAGGAAGUGCAAGAGCUACAGGGAACAAGAGAACUGUUGCAAGCACAUCUGGAAGAGGGGCAACUUGGAGGAGAAACUACAGAACAGGAACAUGCUCUACUUACCAUCUCAUGUUUGGUGAUGAUGAGCAAAGAGGCCAGAAUGGUGGACAGGGAAUUCCAUACCUAAAUGCUGCAACAGAUGAAACUGGAGAUGAAAUUCUAGUUUCUCAAAAUGCACCUACUGAUGGAAACCUGUAGACAAUGUUCCCAGGUUGCACUUGUCUGAAGUUACUUGGUUUGGUUGAUGUUACUGUCUACUCUUUUGUAAUUUGGUAGUACACAAUGUUCUCAGGUUGCACUUGUCUGAAGUUACUGUCAUACAUUCUAGUGUCAGCUUGUAUUGCACAAUGUUCCCAGGUUGAACUGGUUUUACCUUAAUUAUGGUGCUACUGUCAUGUUUU